CGGAAGGAUGAAUUGGAUGACAUCGGGCAGGAAAAGGGUCCAACGCUCCCAGAAAGUCAAAGAGCUUCGAGCCAAGCAUUUUGCCAAGGUCGCUGCCGAUCGAGCCAGGGCGCCCGUAUCUCGACCGGCCCGCGCAAGCAGCUCUACCCUGAACCAGUCCGCCGAUGUAUCCCGGCUGAAGUCUCGAUGGAUCCAACCGCUUCCCUCCACCCACAAGGUGCCCGCGUUGCAGCGUACCGUCGCUGGCUCGGCAGCAGCAGAGCACACGACGGCGGAAGAUUCAGCCUCCCCGCCGUCCAAUGUGACCACGCUGGGGUCUGGUACCACACCAGAUUUCCAGCCGGGAACGCUUGACCUCGAGGUGACGCCCCCAUUCAACGCCACCAUUCGGCAGCAACAAGGCAGCGAUGGUAUGGCACGUAUUCCUGGGGCGGCGUUGCCAACCGAUGGUCCCAGGCGAGGUUCCAGCGGCGAUAAUGAUUUUGAGAGGCCGCUUCGCCAUCACCCCCGCCAGCAGCGGCCGACGGCGAGCUUUCGUGGCGGAGGGUUACUACUCCGCGCACAGCCUGAAGAUCGCCCGCCCAGGCACACGCUUUUACCUCUCGAGAGGAGGCAGCUUGUGUUUGACGGGGGGGGGGGCACAGCCGAAAAACAAGGUUUUGGAAACUCAUACGAGGAGCAGCCUAUUGGUAGUGAAUGUGCUGGCAUCGGCGAUGGCGCUAGCAACUCGUCUGGACCACGCGUGGAAGAGGACCGGUACCCAAGAGGCCGCGCGCUUCCCGGGGAUAUUUCAACUCGUACUGCUGGUGCUGCUGCUGAUAGCGACGGUACGAACGCUGAUCAUAACAGGACGCCGAGGGUCAUGGGUCAGUUGGGCCGCGCAAGCGAUCCGGUGGUGGAGCACACUAUGCGCUUCUUCAACGACGGAUUCGCGGUUGCGCAAGACGGUUCGCCGGUGGUUGAUGGUCCUUUCACCGCGACAUCGUCUGCAACGGCGGUCGCGGCCUCGUCCGUGGGAGGUCUGGUCUUUCCUACUAACGACCAUGACAACAACCGCGACACUGACGGCACCCAGUUCGGAGUGCGUGAGUCCGGAAGUACCGGCGGACUGCCUAGGUUUUCUAUCGCCGGAGGGCUGCGUGACGGCAACUGCUCAAGCCCCCUGGCAACACCGGCGGGGCUGUGGAAGGAAAACAUGCUGUCAGAUUAUCGCAGCAACCGUCAGUGCGCGCUCGCGAGGAGCUCAGCGUCCGAUUGUGGUCCCGAUUUCUCAGUCCAAGCGCCGGCGGAGGAGCAGAUCCAACCGGGGGGUCACCACUGCGAAGACGCUUCUGAGGUUCACCAUCAUUCUCAAGGAGAGUACGACACGGAUUUUGAACAGGGUCCCAUGCUCGACGACGAGGAGUUGAUGAACCCUCCGCCAAGGGACGCAGCGCCCCCAGCCUUCGAUGUGUUGGCUCGGACGUGGGGUUUAUUUGGCGGGGCUCUGGACGCCACAACACCUACGGCCUUUGAAGCGUCGGGCAGUAAUAGCGCCAAGGGCCGGGACACGUCCGAAGAGAGGGCGAUGCGGGAGGCGAGUUUUCGGCACGGCAGGGAUGGAGAGAAGGGAGCGCUUCCGUUGCAAGCGAGCGUUCCUGUCCGAGCUACCCUACAGGCCGUAGUGGGACAGGAGGACCAGUCCCCUGAACCCAUCGAUGCAGACGCCGAACAUCCUGACGCAAUCGAGUCCCUGCAGUCGCCGCCAUCACCGUCGACGCCGACGUCGGCUAGAGACUACGACCGCGGUUGCGAAGACGGCGGUGGGAGCCCGGAGCUGAUGAUGCAGUUUUUGCAGGAACUCGAACUGGACGUUGUGGUCACUGGUGGUCAGACAGACGCUGGAGCGUUGGAGGGAGAGCACAAAAACAGCUGUCGGCCGACAGAGGAUGACAUUCCUGCGACGACCGGUGAUGCCCAAAAUACACCUGAGCAGCACGAAGCUUCUAAGGAGACGUUGGUGUCGCCACAGCCCGCUGGUCCCAAGGUAGGGCACGACCAAGAAGAAAGCGAACAGCAGCCACGUCAAGCAGACCUCAACACCUUUAAAGCAAGCCAGGGACCGGAAUCCGUAGCAGCCGACGAGCGAGAUGUAGCACCUAUCCCUGCCAACGUAGGCGAUGCACCAACCGAGGUUCAGCAUGACACCAUACGUCGACUACAAGGGAGACCGCCCAAGCCGCAGAUCCGUACCGUCAACGACAACGAGCCUGGUGGCAGUGGUGAGGGUGGACGUUCGGUGGGAAAAGACGGCGGUAGUAUCAAGACGGUCUCACAGGAUGUCAUGCCUCCAGAGGUGGCAUCUUCUGAUGGCCAGGACCGGAAGCGUGCACGUGAGGCGGGAGAGGGAGCGGAGAACCACCAGUCCGAGGCUGGUUCCAAGCUUCCGCUACGCAAUGGUGGUGGUGGUUUUAGGGCGACUAAGUUGAGCGGAAAGGCUCAACGUCUCCAGCUUGAAGUUAUGAAAGCGUCAACGUGCGGAAGUGGGGAGCGGGAAGGGGAAGUUGGGAAUGGAAACGCCAGGCAAGGCCGCAUGGAGAGGGAUGCAGGCAGUACCAUCGUGUGGUACCAAACUAUCGUUGCUUGCUUGACUUCCACGUCUUGACGAAGGGGGAUGAAAAGAAGCUCAGACAGCACUUGUCUAUUGUUGUCUUGUCAGUAGGGUGGAGGGGGUGAAAUGAGUUUCUUUGUACAUGCCGCGACUGUACGGUCAGCGAACGGAAUACUGCCAGUUAUUGCAGAGUGAGUGAGUGAGAGA